GAGCAGCGCGCGGCUCAGUGAGGUGACGUCACUGGGAGGCGGAACUUCCGGCCCGGAGGCACCUUCCCAGGAUCCACAGGGAAAGCCGGCCACCAAGUAGGCAGACAGAAAUGGACUCAGAACUCAAGGAAGACAUUCCAGUGCAUGAGGAAUUCAUUUUGUGUGCUGGAGUCGAAACCCAGGUGCUAAAAUGUGGGCCUUGGACUAACCUCUUAGAUGAUCAAAGUGUCAACAGGCCUAAACUGCUUAUUUUUAUUAUUCCUGGUAACCCUGGUUUUCCCACCUUUUAUGUGCCAUUUGCAAAGGCUUUAUAUUCUUUGACAAACAGACGCUUUCCAAUUUGGAUUAUCAGUCAUGCUGGGCAUACCAUGGCCCCCAAAGACAAGAAUGUUCUUACAACAUCAGAGGAUACAAAUGCUCAAGAAAUUAAGGACAUCUAUGGACUGAGUGGUCAAAUAGAACACAAAGUAGCUUUCCUGAGAACUCAUGUGCCAAAGGAAAUGAAGCUUGUGCUCAUUGGCCAUUCAAUAGGCAGCUAUUUUUGUCUCCAGAUAUUGAAGCAUGCCCCUGAACUCUCAGUGAUUCGCUCUUUUCUGCUCUUUCCAACAAUUGAACGAAUGUCUGAGUCACCCAAAGGCAGAAUUGCCACUCCAUUGUUGUGCUGGUUUCGGUAUGUUCUCUAUGCUGCUGGCUACUUAUUAUUUAAACCGUGUCCUCAGAAAAUCAAGUCUUUGGUGAUCAGAAUGGUCCUCCAAAGAUGGAACAUGGAGAGUAAAUUUUCACUGAUGAAUGUACUAGAACCAUUCUGCCUUGCUAACGCCGCCUACCUCGGAGGCCAAGAAAUGAUGAAGGUGGUAGAGAGAGACAACGAACUCAUAAAGGAACAUUUAUCUAAGCUUACAUUUUACUACGGUGCUACUGAUGAUUGGUGUCCAAAAGAGUACUAUGACGACAUCAAGAAAGAUUUUCCAGAAGGAGAUAUUCGACUCUGUGAGAAAAAUUUACCUCAUGGUUUUAUCAUCCAUUUUUACCAGGAAAUGGCGGACAUGGUUGCUGACUGGCUAAAGGAUGAUCUGUCCAAAAUAUAAAUCCAGACCCAAGGAAACAAGUACCUACUGCCAGUACAUGGAGGCAGUAGGUGUACUAUAUUUAGUACGUAAAUGCUUAAUUUUGAUGUUUGAUUUAUUAGAAAAGAAAACAUUGAGAACCUCUUGGCUUAAAAACUACAGGCUCCUACCCGCCCGCCCCCCCCCCCGGGUUACAAGCUGAUGUAAACACACUUGAUGAAUCAUUCCAUAGGUUGAAUAACACAUUUUUCCAAGACUCGGGGAACAUAGUGAUCUAAACAGGGUCUCAUGUUUGCACAGAAUACCCAGUGGCACCAUAUGGUUUAUUUUGGUAGGCAGGAUCCCUGCAGAUAAAAGAAAAUCUUCUGUCCUGAAUUCAGCUUGCAGGUGCCAACAUGCUGUUGCUCCUGUGAUUCUUGCAAUAAAACUCUACUGAAGACCAGCAGUGAGCCAAGUACUGUGCUAACCACUGAGGAUAGAGUUCUCAGCUACUUCAUGAUUCUUUUCUUCUGAAAAUCUUCUAGUAAAUAAUUUUCAAAAUGGCAUUUUAAAUUGCUGAAAGCAUUACCAUAAAUCAGUUCUCCAUUUCUGCAUUAACUUUAUUUGUUGGAAAGAAAUUAUUGUGCUAAUGAACCAAAGCAAGUUAUGAAGUUAGGUGAAUUUACCUGCUCUGGACACAUUGAGGUCUGGUGGGGAAAAACCAUGUUCUCUGGCCUGACAAUAUUGCUGCCUUCCGUAGAUUGACUCAGUCCUGAGACCUUAGGAAUCAGUAAAUCCCACUGACUGCAGUGACGGUUCAUGAUAGAUCAGAACAUUCCAUUUUCUCCUAGAGAAAAUCCCUCAUGGCAUUAUCAUUCCUUAAGGACAAUGAGAUGUUGUCCUUCCUCUCAAAACCUAAAUCUACCUAAUGAAAGAUUUGGCUCUGAUAUGCUGCCAGCCCAGUAAUGAGAGUUGAAUGAAUAUUGUCCUUUGGCGUGGCUUCUACAUCAGAGCAAAUGACUUCUCAGAGGGGAGAAGCUAAGCUCCAGACAAGGAGUGCUCUUAGCCUGAGGGGAAGAGCCGACAGGUCCGCAGGCCAGGGGCACAGGGCUGCACACGGUCCUGUCGGAGUCUGCAGGGGAGGCCUUCUAGAGAUCUAUUCGAGAAGCUAGGACUCGCGGCACUGAGCGCCUUCCAUACAGGAGAUACUCUGUAGUACUAAAUCAAAGCACAUGAACAAAGACAGGGGAAAUCAUACCUACUGGAAUAAUGAGUAACAUUCAUAGCUUUUCUUUUAGCUGUUAUUUUACGACAUCACUCUGUAUUUCAGAAGUCUGCAUGUAUGAAAUUGUAUCUCACUUUUGUCUUUUAAAGCUUAAAAACGAUAUUGGCUCUUAAUUCAUGUUUAUCACCUGAACACCAAAUGAAUUUUUGAAAUAAAUGUUUUACCAGCACUUA